AUGAGGUACAGCCGCCACCCAAUGUGGUGGGUGGCUGUGCCCACCUCGCGUGGAGGUACAGCCACUCACCCAAUUGGUAAGUGGCUGUACCCUACUCGCGAUUUACUAUAUCAAACUGCCGAGUGGGUUCCCACGACCCUUCUUUCCGACCAUCUCACCACCAUCCCGCACCUCAACCAGCUCAUCGCCCCUGGCGCCGCCGCCGCGUCCCUCGCCAACGCGCUGGGGUCCUCCCUCGCGUCGUCCCCCCCAUCGUCGAUGGUCGCUCUCCCGCGUCAAGGUCUCUCACUACCCCUGCCGCAUUCCGUUCCUUUCAACGGUCCCCGCCGCUCUCGUUUGGAUCCCCCCCGCGCCUCGCAUGAGCGCGAGCGCGUCACAUCAGGCUUCUCGGAUCAUCAAGAUCAUCGCCCCCCUCAGCAUCGCUCAAUAGUUCCGGGUUUAGUUGGACUUCAUUCGGUACCUGAUUCGGUACUUCCUUCCGCUUCACUCGGAAAUGCGGCUGCUCUCGCCGCCCCCUCCCUCUCGCUUCCCCAUGAGUACGCCCUCCCUGGUUCCGUCCUCGUCCCCGUCACCUCCGCCUCAGCUUUCACAAAACCCCCUGACCGGCAGCGCCUGAUCUUCGCCGGGAAGCAGCUUGGCCGAAUGUCCCUCAGGCAGCCCAGGAAGCCGGUCAAGACUCUCCAGACGUCUGUCCUGAAGCCGCCUCCUAAGGCUUGCGCCUUCCGCCGGAUUGGAUCCAACGCAGCCAAGGAAGCCGGUCAAGAGUACGCGGAGCUCAGCGCUGCAGAGAAAGAGCCUUACAAACGCAAGUCUGCGGCACUGAAGCAGGAGCGCGAGCGCCAGAACGCCAAAUACAUGAAGACACUCACUCCAGACGAUAUCAAGCGAGAGAACGCCUAUCGCACCGUUCAGCGCAAGGCCAGCAAGUCUCGCAAAAGCAAUUUCAAGGACCCGAACGCGCCCAAGAAACCUCUUAGCGCGUAUUUCAUGUUCUUGCAACGCAUCCGCUCGGAUCCUGCACUCGUCCGCGAAGUCUUCGGCGACGAGCUGGAGUUCUUGUCGGCCUUCUUUGUAACGGUCCAAUACACGAUAUACGAUACGAGUACUAUGUAA